AUGGCCGCCUCUAAGCCACUCCGUGUUCCCUCUAUGUUUGUCAGCCAUGGAGCAGGCCCCUUCCCACUCUUCGAGGAGGGCUGGGAGACUUGGCGGCUGUCUGUCAGCAAACUUGGCAGCAAACUUGACGGUGCCAAGGGCAUUAUAGUCAUCUCUGCUCAUUGGGAGACGGAUGAGCCUCACCUCACCUCCUCUGCCAAUCCCGGCCUUUACUACGACUACGAAAACCCGCCAGAGGGCUUGGUCCUCCCGCAGCGGGUAUUCGAAGAAAAGUACCCAGUGGCAGGGAACCGAGAGUUGACGGCGUAUGUAGCCCAGCACCUCCGAAGUAAUGGGUACAGACCGGUUCUUGAUGAGAAACGGGGGCUGGAUCACGGUGUCUUCGUCCCGUUGAAGACCAUGCGGCCCCAGGCCGAUAUUCCCGUUGUCCAGUUGUCCGUCCUUAGGGGUGGCAACGAGCAAGAAACUACGGAUAGAAACCUGAAGCUCGGACAGGCGUUGGUGCACUUCCGAGAACUUGGGUACGCUGUUAUUGGCAGCGGAGGGUCCUACCAUGACUUCGGGGCCGCUUUCAAGGCCAUGGCGGAGGGACUGCCCAUUCCUGCUGCAGCCGACGAAUUUGAAACCUAUUUGGUAUCCGUAGCAUCGAUCACCGGAGGUGACGAGAGAGCCCAGGCAUUAAGGAACUGGAGGAAGGCACCCUCAAGUUACGUCGCACAUGUCGAGGGCCAUGCUGAUCAUUUCUGGCCUUUUUUGAUCGCUGCUGGUAGCGGUGGAAAUAACCCCGGAAAGAGGGUUGAGCUUGUGAGAAACGUUGUCGGACCGAUGAGCUUCUUUGAGUGGUAG